CCCCUCAGCCUCUAGAGCGCAUGCUCAUCAGUUCCCACGGAACCGUCUGCUCGGCUGGUUUCGGGAAUGCCCGGAUAUUUUCGCCUCUUUGUUUUACUGAAAGUGGAUUUUAACUCGGAUUCAGACCAACAUCCAGCGGGGGGUUCUGAUCUCAAACAGCCUCAUGAGGGCAGGUCUGCCAUGCUCAGCUAACGCUGCUGCUCAGCUGCUGGAGUAGAGGUGGCUCCCGGACCGUCCACGAUAAACAUAUGGCAGCACUGGGGAACUCCGAGAUGCUGACCCGGAAGAUCCAACUGUGGGACAUCAACGCCCACAUCACCUGUCGACUGUGCGAGGGGUACCUGAUCGACGCUACCACGGUUACCGAGUGCCUGCACACCUUCUGCCGGAGCUGUUUGGUGAAGUACCUGGAGGAGAACAACACCUGCCCCGCCUGCCGGAUCGUCAUCCACCAGAGCCACCCCCUGCAGUACAUCGGCCAUGACCGAACAAUGCAGGACAUCGUCUACAAACUGGUGCCAGGUCUUCAGGACGCGGAGGUGAAGAAACAGAGGGAUUUCUACCAGAAGCUGGGGAUGGAGGUUCCGGGGGACUUGAAGGCCGAGCUGUGCGGUGCCAAGGCCCAUCUGGGCUUCCACCACAACGGGGACCUCAAAUCGGAGGACGGGGCCAACAAGGACACGGGGGAGGAGAAGAGGGAGGAAGACGAGGAUUACCACAGGAGCGACGAGCAGGUCAGUAUCUGUUUGGAGUGUAACAGCAGUAAGCUCAGAGGUCUGAAGAGGAAGUGGAUUCGAUGCUCAGCGCAAGCCACCGUCCUGCACCUCAAAAAGUUCAUCGCCAAAAAGCUCAACCUGACGUCGUUUAACGAGCUCGACAUUUUAUGCAACGAAGAGAUUUUGGGAAAGGACCACACACUGAAAUUUGUCGUGGUGACCCGGUGGAGAUUUAAGAAGUCCCCCCUCCUGCUCUACUACAGACCCAAAAUGGAUUUGCUGUAGGAAGCGGGCCCCCCCCUGGAACCCCCCCCCCCACACCCCCGCCCCCAGGCCCAGGACUGCACUGCAUAAUGCAGAGACUAUCACCCCCCCGACUCAUGGUGCGUCAAAACCCACAGGACAACCUGCAAGUCUGCCUCUCCCCGACCAGCAAAACGCGACCGGGAACACAAACCAAAACACAACCAGGAACACACAACCAGGAACACAAACCCAAAACACAAACCCAAAACACAAACCCAAAACACAAACCCAAAACACAACCAGGAACACACAACCAGGAACACAAACCCAAAACACAACCAGGAACACACAACCAGGAACACAAACCCAAAACACAACCAGGAACACACAACCAGGAACACAAACCCAAAACAUGACCAGGAACACACAACCAGGAACACAAACCCAAAACAUGACCGGGAACACAAACCAAAACACAACCAGGAACACACAACUAGGGAUACAAACCAAACCACAACCAGGAACACACAACCAGGAACACAAACCCAAAACAUGACCAGGAACACACAACCAAGAACACAAACCAAAACACGACAAGGAACACAAACCCAAAACACAACCAGGAACACAAAUCCAUGUUUCAAAUGUGGGGAGGAUGGGGGGUGGGGUGCAAGGAGAACAGGGAGGCCUUGUGUCCCGCUAUGUCCUAGAUAUGUGAAAAUUUAAGAAAGCGUAUAUUUAUACUUUUGUACAUAUGUUAGAGUGGAAGAGACAGUACCGGUGCUUUCUUUACACAAGAACCAGAAAGCAAGGAGUUGCGUGAGAAUUAUUAUUAUUAUUAUUAUUAUUAUUAUUAUUAUUAUUAUUAAUAUUAAUUUUACAACUAUCCAUGCUAAGCUCUCCUUGCUUUGCUGUAACCCAAUCCUUGUGUUAAAUAUCCACUGUGCUUACAAACAGCCCAUGCAGAUCAAACAUUUUACUUUCCCCACACUAUUACCCAGACUUACAACCCUAAAGGCCAGAGAGAGUAAAAAAGAAUAUAUAUAUAUUACAUAAUUUCUAAACUGUUUAUAUGAGUUAUAUAUUGUCUCCGGGAAUUCUUUAUCCUUUUUAAUUUCAAUUGUGAAUAUGAUGAAUUACAUUUUUUUAUUUUUUUUUGUUGCAUAGUAACUUAUGUCCUAUAUAUCAGUAUUGUAUAUAAAAAGUGAUUACGAGAGGUUUUGAGAGAGUUCUAGGCAUGUUUUCCAAAAGUGCUAUAAUUGCUAUAAUUGCAGUUUGGGGGGAGAGGGGGCAGCAAGCUAAGAUGAAUUUGCAUUUUAAAUACAUUCCAGCUUCUUUAUUCGAGAAUACGAGUGCGUAUUACAUGGUCGGACACGCCAAAAAAAUCUAGCAGUGGACUCCUGAUGCAAGGGAAGGGUCAUAUCUAUCCAUCAUUCUGAGCAGAUCUCUCUCUCUCUUUCUCCCUCCCUCCCUCUCUCUGUCUCCCUCUCUCCCUCCUUCCCUUCCUCUCUCUCUCUCCCCAUCGCUGCCUUCCUGCCUUCUUCCCUCUCUCUCCCCCUCCCUGCUUCCUUCCCUCUUUCUCUCUCCCUCCCUCCCUUCUGCCCUGCCCUCUUCCCUCUCUCUCCCUUUCUCUCUCCCUCCCCCCCCCUCCCCCCUCUCUCCCUCCAUCCAUCCUUUCAUUGUCCUCGCCCCUGUCACGUUUGGCAGUUAUAGCAGCCCUCUCAGCAAAUCAAAUGACCUACAGCCUCAUGCAUAAGAAAUGCGCGAUCAUUUUAAAUUUCCAUCCUGCAGAGUGUGCAUUGGGUCCAAAGGGCAGCCUCUGGGAACCGAACCAUUUCUCACCGGAGAUCCAGCUUCGGUGCCAAAGGCUCUGGGCUCUGCCCAGCUCCACCCGCACCUGCCUUCCAUCCAGAAACGCUGUUUGAAUGCAAAUUAGGAAUUUUUAUUACUCAAUAAGCCGAAGCCAUUUACAUGCAAUGGGGGGAAAAAAAUUGUCUCCUUUUUUUGUUUUUUGUUUUUGGUUGUAAUAUGUACCUUAAAAUGUAAAAACGAAAAAAUUCAUAUUACUUUUAAGAAAAGUUUUGGGAUGGCAUUAAAUUGUUUACUUGGUGUUUCCAGAAAAAUUUAAAUCUAACUCACUGAUAAAAUGACACUGUUCAGAUAUGCAAAGACUUUUUGACGGGCCCUUCCCUAACCUCACUAUAUACCGUGUAAAAUUCUUUUUCUGUACACACAGAUAUUCUGAAGACCAAAGUGAAUUGUAACGUUUUAUGUGUCUAGAAUCACAAGGAAGCAAACGAUUUGAAAUUGCAGACAUACGUCAGACCCAGCUCACGUUAGCCUUUAAGGCUAACAUUUCCCAGAAACAAACAUGGCUAAAAAAUAAUUAAGGUUUUUUACUCUACCACAAAACAGGAAGAGUAUCUCAGUUAAAGUUCUGCCUUCCAUGAUUUUACUCUUUUCUGAAUGAUUCCCUGAUUUGAAAGGUGCUUUUUUUGAAAGAUAUUUUGUAUGCAAGUAACUCAUAUGUUUAGCCCCUGAUUGGUUGCCACGCUCUCUAAAAGAUUUAUCUUGAUCCCCCCCGUCCUCUAAAUGCGCGCAGUGACUUUAUCUUUUACGUAUUUCUAUAUCUUACCUAGACGAUUACGUCAUUUACCCUGUUUUUUAAAUUUAAAAAAAAAGAUUGUCGAAGCAAAUCACCAUGAAUCUAUAAACAAUACAUUAAAUUAAAUUAAAAUUAAGGAUGGUUUCCGGAGAUUAGAAAACAUUCAGCCAUUUAUGUUGAGGAGUUGAUGAAAUGGGCAACUUUGAAUUUCAUUCAAAGUAACGGAAACCAAUGUGUCAGGUUAGGAUGUCAGAAUCUGUUGACGCAAAAUGGGGUUACCAUGAUGGACUUGCUUACUUCGGUAUUCCUUAACCAAUACAAUACUUAGCUGGGACUAGCAUCGGGUUUUUAAUCCAGUAAGAAAUCUCAUUUUUUUAUUUUUCAGAUUAUACAUAAACACGGUGGAUUAUUCAGAUCCCCAUUGCGCAUAGAGCCAGAUACGAGUUUAUAUAGACUGGAGUAGAGACAGGUGGUGUCAGACACCAAGGUGAGAUGUCGUCUUAACAGGUGCGUUGUUAAUUCAGCCUAGGCAAGCAGUGAUGGACAGCCAUAUGAAUUUAACAUUUUUCUCACGCAUUUUAAAAAAUAUUUAUGAACGAUGAAUUACGUAUUAUUGUGCUACCUGGAUUAUAUCCUCAGAAAAGCCAAGUUAUUGUCCAUCAGUUUUUAAAAAAUCUUUUUUCAAGGCUGAUGAUUAAAGAAGCAAUAUACAUUUGUCACAUGACUGGUAAUAUUUGGGUUUUAUUUUGUCAUCCUCACCUUUGCUAAAGAAUCUCAAAAGUUUGCUAAAGUGUUUAGCACAAGUUAUAUGUUUCAAACCGGAAGAUCUGUGUCAGUUUGUGUAUAAACAGUAUCUGUGGCUUUUAAAAAAAAACUGUUGUUAUUGGACAAAGGCACAUAUUUAAAUUUCUUCUUUUUUUUAAGUUUGUUUUUGUAUUUAGUACUCUGGUGAGUGCCGUUCAGGUGUCCAUUGAGCUCUGGGAUGGAGUUUUGGGGCAGAGUGUUUCCAUGGUGACGGUUGGCCCACCCACGUUUGGCAGAAUCAGAAGCUGCCGAUGGUGCUCGCGUGUGUACAAUAUGAGCUCAACGUCGAUGGUGCUCGCGUAUUUUACAGUAUGAAUUCAACGUCGAUGGUGCUCGCGUAUUUUACAGUAUGAACUCAACGCCGAUGGUGCUCGCGUAUUUUACAGUAUGAACUCAACGCCGAUGGUGCUCGUGUAUUUACGGUAUCAACUCAACGUCGAUGGUGCUCAGAUAUCUACAGCAUGAACUCAGCACGGUGCUGGUCAGCCUCUGGUCGGAACGCUGUGGGCUUCCAGGCUCGUCUCCAGAAACGCGCCAUCUUGCUCGGCCAUUUUGUCUUCUCAGUGUCGCCCUUUUCGGGGGGUUUGCUAAACUGUCCGUUCCUCAGUCUUCAGGAGAGAUGUGAUUUUCUUUUUUUUUUGUUUGUUUUUGUGUUUGUUUUUGUGUGUGUGUGUGUGUGUAUCUGUGUGUGUGCGCAAAUCGGAUCAAUUGAGAAUGAAAGUAUCAAGUAUCAAGGCUUUUUAGUCAGAGGAGGAUCAUUGCUGUAUCUUUGAAGAACAUGAUGAAUCUUGGCGUGUUCAGUGGUAGUUAACCGGGCAGCUGUAUCGGAGUGAAUAGGGACACUUAGUGUGAGACUCUUGGAUUGAUUAGCUCCUAUUGCUACUUCCAUUUUCUUGUAUAUGCCCAGGAAAGGUGCUUGCAGGUUAUAAUUGAUGUAUUUGCAGUUUUUCAAUCGAGAUAGGCCAUUCUGAAGUCCAGGUUAUCCCAUGACCGCCCGGAUACUGUGGAAUAGAGUAGAGUCUGGAUAAUACUUAAUGUCCUCCAGCAUCGUUUGCCAAGUGAAGCAGUAGUUUGGGAAGCAAAGUGUCCUCUUAUUACAGUUUACAGCCCUGGAUGUCUUUAAUGUUAACUGUACACACUGCAGGAAUAUACUUUUUUUUUCUAGUUUAUAAACCAGAGAGGGAACCUUAACCAGUAUGACUGUCCUUCUUAGUGUCUAGUUUUUUGGAGGGGAUUUUGAUACAUUUUUCCUUUUUUUAUUUUAGUUUUUUUUAUCAUGAUAAAAUAUUAUUUUGACCCAACAGCCAGGGCAUACAUAGACUGCACCAGCUUGACAGUGACAGUUUAGCAACCCUGACAAAAAAAAAAAGAAAAGCAACAAGGUGCUUUUGGCAGUUGAGGGUGUUCGAUGGGAUGUGCGUCUGUGAGAUGGGCCGGCCUACACGUGUUGCCACAGCAACCAGCCUUCACUGUCACAAAGCCCCCGUGAGCCAUACAUCAGCUGCCAAUCAAAAAAACAAAAAAAAAAAGGGAAACUGUUUUACUGGACAUGCAUGUUCUGGAACUCUGUCGUCCAAUAAGGAGCUUGCGUUCAUAUUUUGUGUUUUACGUUCGUUUUCGUUAUAGAGGGGAUCUGGUUUUGAAAUUGCAGUUUUCAGUAACAGCUAACUAUCUCAAUUGCGGUCGGUGCAAAACUUUCUAGAGACGUCUAUCAACUAAAUUGCAGACUUUACUAUUUUUACAUUUAGAGCAUUAUUCUGUGGUUUUGUGUUUUUUUAUCAUUGUGGUUAUUGUAUUAUUGUUUUCUGUGUGCUGCAAACAUUCAAAUGUUUGCUUCUUUUGGGAAUGAGGUCUUUUGAAAGCGUCGACAGGUCAGUGACAUCAGUUUGUGGGUUAAAAAAGAAGAAAUGUGCAAUAUAAGCUUUCUCAGAUGGUUGAAAAUUUCAGCUGAAAACUUUCAGAAAAAAAGGAAAAAAAAAAGCAACUUCCUCAGGUCUCAAAUUGUCCUUCUGGUUCCCACUCGCUGGAACCGGGAAUCUCAGAUUACACUAAAGCAGACAAACAAAACCGUGAAUUUAUCUUGUGUUGUCUCUUUGCUUAUAAAUGUCGAUCCGUGAUGUGUGUGGGAAGAUUUUUAAAAUUCCAAACACGGGCACUUAUUCCAGUGUCUUUUCUUUUUGUUGUUUCUCUUCUUUUUUUAUUGAUUAUUUAUUGCACAUAUGAUGAAAGAGGACUCAUUUUCGUUGCCAUGUACGAGGAGCGCUGGAGUCCGAGCGGAAUAUCAAAGAGAGCAGAGCUGUUUGUUUUUCUCACAUGCGUAAAGAAAAAAAAGGAAGAAUUUUGUCAAAUUUAAGAGUGCUCGUUUCAUUAAUAAAUGCCUUUUAAAGAG